UUUAGACACUUACACAGAGAGACAGACACAUCAACAUGUCAUUGUUGCAGACGUAUCAUAUCUGCAAAUGUUAACUUCUAGAAUCUGAUUAGAAGAAAAAUGGCGCGAUUGAAAAUUGUCUACUUUUCUGCGUUAUUGUUUAUUUCUAUUCUUUCUGGGGAAGCACAAGACAAUGGCACUGGCGAUGAGGGUCCUACAAUUUAUUCACUACACAUUUUGUCGGACAUUAAGUUUCGCUUUGCGACUACCUUGAUAACUAGUAGAAUAGCCAAUCCUGCUAAUACGACACGAGAAACUGUUUUUGAUGUGGAUAUACCAAGUUCAGCUUUUAUAUCUAAUUUUACUAUGGAUAUUGGUGGAAAUAUCUACUAUGGUAAAGUUAAGGACAGAAAAUCUGCACAAAAGGAAUAUGAUAGACACAUAGAAGAAGGAAAAACUGCUGGACAUAUUUCGGUUAAACCAAAUGAAUUCAAUAAGUUUAAAGUAGCGGUUGCAGUUGCUCCUGAGUCCAAAGUCACUUUUAAUCUGACGUACCAAGAGGUUCUAGAACGACGCCUUGGCAGCUACGAGCAUGAAAUUUACAUAAAUCCUCGACAGCCGGUUCGCGACCUUCAAGUGAAAGUAUCCAUUCAGGAGGUCCGAGAUUUAAAGUAUGUGUCCAUUCCACCAAUCACCAAUGAUGUAAUGAGCAUUGAAACCAAAGGAAAGAAUCAAUUGACUACGAUAGACCGACCAACUUCUAAAAGUGCUCUUAUCAACUUUACUCCAAGUACCACACAACAAGGCGAAAAUGGCGUCGCUGGCAAAUUUGUCGUCCAUUACGAUGUUGAACGUGAUUUUUCAGGUGGCGAAGCUUACGUGUUGGACGGAUAUUUCAUCCAUUUCUUUGCACCGAUGAUAGAAGAAGAGUUCCCACGAGAUAUUCUAUUUCUGUUAGACAUCAGUGCUUCUAUGAGUGAUUACAAACUAGGUCAACUAAAAGAUGCCAUGAGGUUGAUUAUUGGUCAACUUAAUGAAAAAGAUCAUUUCAACAUGAUGACUUUACAGAGCUCAACAAAAACAUGGAGUACAAACUUACAACAAGCGACAAAGGGUGUUAUUUCAAAAGCCCAGAAUUACGUCAGAAACCUUAGAACGGGAGGUUAUACCGAUUUAGCAAAGAUUAUUCCACACGCCAUACACUAUCUCAAAAAGCAAAGAGGCGAGGGAGUACCGAUGAUAUUUUUUAUUUCUGAUGGAAUAGCUCAAGCACACAUUACCAGUCCUAAGGACAUACUUAAGGAAGUUGAUAAAGUCAACAAAGACAAGAUACCUAUUUAUAGCAUGGCUGUCGGCGCAGAAUCUGAUUGGAAUUUUAUGUACAGAUUGUCAUACAAUAGCGGUGGACUAGCUCGACGCAUUUUCGAAGAUUCUAGAGCAUCUUCCCAAAUGUCAGGAUUCUAUAAAGAAGUUUCAUCUGCCCUCCUCCAGGACAUUACCAUCAAGUCCAUAAAUGGUAGUAUCAAUAACACUAUUACACAGAAUCUCAACGAUGAUUACAUAUCCGGAACGGAAUUGGUGUUUGCUGGUCAGAUUGAUGAUACAGGAACAGUUCUUGAUAUCCGUGCCAAUUCGAUUAAUGGCCCAGUUGACUUUACAUUACAGUCCGAUUCCCCACAUUCAACUAUGAACAGUCCUGUUGAUCUUACAUCUGUCGCUUCUCUGGGUAAUAUCAUAGAAAGAAUGUGGGCUUUUCUAUUCAUAAAAGAAAAUUUAAAGGCGGCUGUAGCUGAAGAGUCAGCUUCUGAGAGGAAUAUGAACUAUGAUCGAGUUAGGAUGUUAGCCCAGAAAUACGGUUUUGUUACACCGGUAACAUCAAUGGUGGUUGGUUCCAACUUAGAUGGUGCGUGGAAAGCCUAUGAAGAGGAUAUGAACGAACUCCAGGCUCGAACCCCUGCUCCAACUCCAAAGCCACGCCCUACUCGGCCACCCCCACCCCCAAGAUAUUGGGGAGGAGGAGGUGGAGGUGGAUGGGGAGGAGGAGGAGGUGACCCACAUUUUAUGAUUGGCAUCAAUGGUUUAGAUUUUCCAUUUUGUUUUGACAUUGGUAAUAAAGAUGAAAUAUAUACACUCUUCCACGAUCCAUUUUCAGGUAUAACAGUAAAUGUUAAACUUAAAAGCGGUGUGAAAUUAACAACACGUGGAACUAAAAGAGUUUACAUCAAGGAAACCGCUAUAAUUAUAGAUGACCAAAAGUUCUUUAUUACACAUGACGUCAUCCAUUCACAUGAUGCGGACUACCAAUGGAAAACAAAGUUAGAAAUACGUGUAAAACGCGCUUGGCUAAUUAUAGAUCCGCGAAAGGAACUAGUAAGAUUCAUGUUUGAUAAAGGAAUAGAAGUGGAGGUUCUGCGGAGGACACAUAAUGAACAUACACGAAUUGGUGACGAUUACAUUAAUGUAGAAAUACGUCAUGAAGGUCACGCCUCGUCUUCGUCUACUGGUAUCAUAGGUCAGUUCCACAACAGAAGUAUGAGCCUUCGGCGUAUAAAAGUGACGGAAGCAGAUACAUUGGUUGGACUACUGGAGUUGAAAAAAGAUAAAUCUAUGUUAGCCGCAGCAGUAGCAACACUAGUCAACAGGUCGGAUCCAGUACAAAAGAAACACGGCGAAUGUUGGAGAUUAAGACAUAAGGGUAUUGAGGCUUUUGUCCAUCCUACAGAUUUCCUUGUUGAUGAUAUAUUUUAUGUUAAAUAAAUCUCGAGUCUUUCAAACUUAACUUUCCGUACAUAGAUAUUGUAACGAUGUAACUCGGGUGUUGGACCUUUUAAUAGUUUUAUUUGAUUUCAAUGCAUUUGGUGUUUUAAUCUAACAUUUCAUAAUAUUUUUUUUUACAAUGAAAAUAGAAAUUAUGUUUUUGUCAAAGUUUAGACGAUGAAAUAAAUUAUCAAGCCUUC